AUGGCACCCACCAUCGCCCACGCUCUCCGGAGCAUCAUUCCCACCAAGCCGACUUCCGAAGACCAUCUCGGCGGAGAGAGCGGCCCUCUGGCCGAGGCCAGCCGGCUUCUUCUCGCACGGUCGGCCAAGGAAACCGUCGACCCGUCACACGGUGUGCUCGACCCGCACGACAUCAGCAACGUGGGCUUCUUCGUGCUCUUCGCGCUCAUCGGAGUGGGCUUCGUCGCGACGGGCAUCUGGUUCUUCUUCUGGGCCAAGAACGGCGGCUUCCACUUCAAGGAGACGGACUGGGACGACUACAAGUCGACGGUGCUGCGCCGCAAGGGCCCCAACGGGACGCUCCUCUCGGGGGCCACGCCGUCGACGAACCUGGGCGGCGGCAGCGUGUACAAGGACGUGGCCGACGACGACGGCACCACGGUGGUGACGGAGACGACGUACCUGAGCGGCAUCACGGCGGGGGCGAGCGACAUCGCGGCGCGCAAGAAGCGCGAGGACAAGCGCAAGGACAAGCAGAAGCGCAAGCAGCGCGAUGCCAAGGAGAAGAAGAAGCAGCGGCACGUGGGCGACAAUGGCGUGACGGACGAGAUGGCGGAGAAGGAGGCGCGCGACCACCUGCGCAGCUACCGACACGAGCGGCCGGCGCGCGUCGGCGGGCUCAACAAAGAGUCGGAGGGCUCGACGUGGGACGGAUCUACGAACCCGACGGAGUCGACGGCGUCGACGGAGCUGCUGUCGAACCGGCAGACGACGCCGACGACGACGCCGACCAAGAAGCCGCAGCCGAUCCGCAAGGUGUACUCGACGGCGGACCGCAACACGGCGCGCGAGGCGGAGCGGAUCCGGAGCGAGGCCCGGCGCCUGCGCGAGGAGAGCCGCAGCCGCGCGUCGGGGACGGCGAGGCGCGACUUCAGCUACAACCGCGAGAGCGCGCAGAGCGAGAGCCUUCUGGAGUCGGCGGCCGGGAGCAGCGACCUGGGCACCAAGAGCUACCACCACCCGAUGCCGGAGCUGCGGGAGCGCGAUCGGGAGCGCGGUGACAGGGAGAGGGAGAGGGAGGAGCGGCGGGCGAGACGGGGAGGCUAUCGCCGCGGCCGUGGAGACGAUGACUUGUAG